AUGACAAAAGAGGGUGUUAGAGAAAAGGUUGCGUUAAUUGGAUCUGGCAAUUGGAUUAUUGGAGGAAAUGUUACGAAAUAUGAUGAAUUUCAACAAGAGGUGAAAAUGUGGGUCUUUGAGGAGAUAAUAAAUGGAAGAAAACUUACCGACUUGAUAAAUGAAAAACAUGAAAAUGUUAAAUACUUACCCGGCUUUACAAUUCCUGAAAACGUUAAAGCUGUUCCUGAUUUAUUGGACUUUGUGUUUGACAUUUGUGAUAAAUUAAAAGGUCAAAUACACCCAAGUACGAAAGCAAUUUCUCUCAUUAAAGGUUUUGAAAGCAGUGAAACAGGAAUUCGCCCAAUGUCACAAGUUAUCAGCGAGUCUCUUCGUAUAUCAGUUUGUAGCUUAAGUGGCGCUAACAUCGCUAAUGAAAUUGCUGCUGAAAAGUUUUCUGAGACUACUAUCGGAUUUAAUGAUCAUGAAGAAGGUGAACUAUUUAAAAAAUUGUUUGAAACGAAAUACUUUCAUGUGGGUAUUGUUGAUGAUGUUGUCGGUGUUGAACUUUGUGGUGCAUUGAAGAAUGUAAUAGCCAUUGGUUGCGGCAUUGUUGAUGGUCUAAAACUGGGCGAAAACACUAAAGCUGCGAUUAUUAGGAUUGGCUUUUUGGAGAUGCAAAAAUUUAUGAAAAUGUUUUAUAACGGAAUCAAAGAUGAAACCUUUUUCGAAAGUUGUGGUAUCGCUGAUGUCAUUGCCACUUGCUAUGGUGAGAAAGAACUUCUCCAAGGUCAAAAAUUACAAGGAACGUUAACAGUAAAAGAAAUUAACAGGGUUUUGUCGCGUGAGGGAUUAAAUGAUGAGUAUGUAUUAAUUAUUACUUUUAAUUAUUAA